AGUUAACAUCAGUUUUCCAUUUUGGUGUGUUGAUUGUUGUUAAAAGUCCAAUAAAUUUUGUAAAGUGCUGUAAAAAUAACUCAAAAUAUCCGGAUUUCUCGAUUGGUGUAGUUCCUAUAAUAUCCAAAAUAUGUGGUGAAACAUUUAGCAAAUCCAAAAACCACGGAGGAGAAGCAAAUGUUUAAAUGGAAGCAUCCUCCAUCAUUACUCAGGUGUCAAGGGACGAGGAACAUCUGAAUAGUUAUGCCACCGAAAAAGGAACAAUCCCUGUGUCAGACAACCCUGCAGAACCCAUUAAUCAGCAGGCGGCACAACAGCAUCAGCCAAAGAAAAGCAGCAGAGGUUUCUUCCGCUCCUUAUUCUGCUGUGUACGCCAGAAAAAGAACAAGGCAUCUCUCCAGGAACAAUGCGUGGACGGGAGAGAAUACGCCGACCGGCACAGCUUUCAGUAUCUGCUGCCGCCUCUCAAGGACAAGGACUUGUACAAGAAGUGCAUGGUGAUUGAUUUGGAUGAGACACUGGUGCACAGCAGUUUCAAGCCGAUCAACAACGCCGAUUUCGUGGUGCCCGUGGAGAUAGACGGCACCACCCACCAGGUGUACGUGCUGAAGAGGCCGCACGUCGACGAAUUCCUGAAGCGCAUGGGCGAGCUCUACGAGUGCGUGCUGUUCACCGCCUCGCUGGCCAAGUACGCGGAUCCGGUGGCCGAUCUGCUCGACCAUUGGGACGUCUUCAGGAUGCGCCUCUUCCGGGAGAGUUGCGUCUUCUACAGGGGCAACUAUGUGAAGGACUUGAACAAGCUGGGCAGAGAGUUACAGCAAAUUGUAAUUGUAGACAACUCACCAGCUUCUUACAUAUUCCAUCCAGAUAAUGCUGUGCCAGUUGCCUCAUGGUUCGACGACAUGAACGAUUCCGAACUCCUCGACCUGAUCCCUUUCUUCGAGAAACUAGCCAAAAUGGACAAUGUAUAUACAGUGUUGUGUAACUCCAACCACCCGUACAACAAUGGCGGCCCGCCCCCCGCCCAGCAGAACGGGCCCAUCACCACGCAAAACAAUCACUCGCCGCCCAACACGUAGCCAACGUUUGCUGGGCUUUUAUUCAUUCAAUACUGUUGGUGUGUUGUUCGAGGAGGUGGCAGGCUGAUUUCUUUCCGUUGGAUUGCUUCUUGCUCUUCGUUUCACUGGCUGAAUAGAUUGAUCGGGACAUUUUUUCACUCGAAGAAAUCUUGGUCGUUUUGAAGGCUAUCGGUAUUCAGUUUAGAGACCAUCAGAGAUUUGAUGUACAGUGUGUCCUAAAUUCAAUCCUCAACAUUCGGAUCU